AUGGGAUCGGUAGAAAUCGUUCUCGGGCAGAGGACGAUGUGGAGGAUCCUCUUCCUGAUCUUCAUCACAUUCUUCUUUUUGUUCAUGCUGAUGUUCUUUUACAAGUCUGAUGUCAGUGGGUUAGAGCCGGUAGGGGACCGCCACGUUCCUCCCAUGCAGCAACACGGACGUGGCGAGGGCUCGUCGCAACAGAUCAACUGCGAAUCUCUGAAGAGCUUCAAGGAAUGCUCACAACACAGCGACCAAUGCACAGUCAUUGAGGGUGAGGUGUGCGCGGCUCCAGGCACAACUGACAAGGAGACCCUCUUUGGCUACUGUGUCAGUAACGUUGUCGCCGCCACGUAUGCCACUGUUAAGAUGAAGAUGGAGCCGAAGAUCCCCACGUGGAUGUCUUCGCAUCCCGACUACUCUGCUGUCUGCGCCCGUCCUGCGAACUCGCUUGGCCCCCUCGCGCGCUUCAAGAGCCUUAUCCCUCCCGGUUGGGUCCAGGAGAAGUGUGUUGGCUGCUGCGUGCCUCCUGAGCCGGUGCCGCAGAAGGAGGACGACUCCCUGGCCCUCAUCGUCUCGGUCUACAAUGAGCACUUGAGUUUGGAGAGCUCCAUGAAGUCGUGGAAGGCCAAUGGUCUUCUCGAGUACGUGCAGGAGGCCUACCUCUACAUCGACGGUGGAGACCCAGAGAUUCGAGAGAAGAUCGAGUCGGUGGGCAAGUCCUUUGGUUUCACCGUGAUGAACGAGGAGACCAACCUUGGCCUGGGCAAGGCGCUGGCCAACUUGAUGAGGGCUGUGAAGAGCCGCUUCGUUCUCUUCCUGGAGAAGGACUGGCAGCUCGUUGAGCCGCGCCAGACGGUGAUUGAGCAGCUUGACUUGGCCAAGCGUAUGCUAUUCGAUAAGCACAAUGGGUCGCGUGCCGACGUGGUCAAGUUCCGUUCGAGGUUGAACCACGGUCACCCCAACAUUCACCCGUCCAAGACCGAUCCUCCGCAGUGGGACGAUGACGCUGGCGUCAACAUGUGGCUGACCCAGCCGGGAUGGGAGCCUCAUCUGUUCUGUAACGGCUAUCACUACAAGAAGGACGACUUCCUCCUCUCCAACUAUCCUCACAGGAUGUGGAAGUGUGGGUGCGACUACAGUUAUUGGUGCUUCGAUGCUGGCCAGUGUGGAUGGACCAACAACCCCAUCAUGUACAACCGACAGUGGUGGACCGACACUUUCUACGAGAUCUCGCAGAAGGACUGGAACAGGAUUUUUGAAGCGGGCACCUACUACUCGACCGAGUGGCUGCUGCCCCACUGGGUCGUGGCUGAGGGCGAUGGCCUCUUCAGGCACGAGGAAGUGGGCGAGGGCGACACCAGAGAGUUUUACUGA